AUGUCUUCCAUACGACUAGCCAUGCGCCGUGCGAGGCCUUCAAUGGCAUUUGCCCGCCCAAUAUCCACCUCUACACGCCUCUUCGCUGGGCCAGGAAACGCUCAAUCUCACGAAGGAACCGAGCAACAUCGGAAGAUUCAAUCCUCUAAACCGCUCAAUCCACAUAUGACAAACACCAAUUCAACAAUUGCGAAUGAGAUGCCCUCUGUCGGAGCACAGAAAGCCCCGCCCGAGCUGAUCUCGUCCAUUGCGCCUGAUUUCGUGCCGAAGGACUCGGUUCCAGAGAAUACAGAAAGGAUGACGGGAGGAACGCAGGCUGGUGAGCCCGAGAGUGGACCAAAUGCUGAGAUGGGCGUGGGAGAGAUGGAGGGAGCAAAGUUCAAGGUUGAGCCGCUGAGGAGGACGGGCGAGGAUGCCAAUACUAUGCGUGCGAGAUUAUUGUAUCAAUGCCGGAAACGAGGUACGCUCGAGAGCGACCUCCUGAUGUCAACAUUCGCAGAAGCACAUCUGAGGGAAAUGACACCUGCGCAAAUGGCACAACUGGAUAUCUUCCUCGACGAGAAUGACUGGGAUAUCUAUUACUGGGCUACACAGGAGCCCACACCUACUUCACAAGAGACUGCUGAAGGAGCUGGAGUUGGUCCGCAAGGCGCAACACUCAAUGCUGCAGGAAAGGAGACAAAAUCUCCUGUUUCGCCAAAGAGUGGCGAGUGGGCGCAGACGGUCGGCACGUUCAAGCCUGCGUAUAGACCUGUGCCGGCUAGAUGGAGAAAUAGUGAGGUUUUGGCUAUGUUGAGAAGACAUGUGAUUUCGAGGUCAGCUGGGGGCAUUCAUGAGGCUGAGGUGGGUGUGAAGGGUGAGGGUCUUGCGCAGAGCGUUAGCGGAACUGGUGGUAAAGGAAUGGCAUUCAUGCCUCCAGUCUUCCAGACUGAUCAGUAG